AGUUCUAAUACUUGUCGACUUAUGCCAGUUUCUUUCUUCGUGAUGCCUCUGGACGAUGUGGAUGUGGUUUCCAUUUGUGUGUCUGGUUUGCAUUUUUUGUAUUGUUUUAUUUAUUAUCUUAGAUUAGUUGACGAAAGAGGAAGGUCGUUAUAGACUGGACUCACUACACGGCAUGUCUUCAGAUUUGGAUUCAACUGCCGGUCGUUGGCCCAGCCUUUCGGCCAAUCAGUCAAUGAUCUUCCGGUUACCGAUGAACUUACUCGACAGUUUACGCAGAUGUGUAAAGGAAGAUCAGUAAUGUAUGGUUCUGUCGAAACCUUUUAGUUAUUCUGUGCAACAAAACAGCAAUAUCGAAGGAGAUAGGUCACUGCCACUGCCACCAACAUGUACGACUGACACCUUAGCUGAAUAGCUAUUCGCUGUUCUAGUCAGAUUGCUGAAGUGCUCAACUAGGAAAAGGGUGCCUCAACUACGUUAGUUUGGCGGUUACAUUGCAGGAUGGACAAGAUAUGGUGAUUCAGCGUUGUUUUAUAUUCACGACGUCAAAAAAUCUUCCUGCUUUUUCGUCUUCACGCACAUCAGUCUGGGCGGCAGCUGUGACGGCCACUCGUCCAUCUGCGCCGCCAGGUCAUUUGGGGCUGGGCCAACCGCAAGUCUGGCUCCUCCUCCAUCAGCUCCGCCCUUCAAGGCCGUCCCGCCGUCAGCAGUCGUCGAAUCCAUAAAGAAUUAUAGGCAGCGGUGGGCUCGCCAGAGUUUUACGUCAGCAAAGUGAAUAACGUCUCGAAUAAAAGCCCAUCACGCUCCGCUUGUCCGAAUGAAAUACAUGCCGGCCGGCAGUGAAUUAGGACUGACACAUGGGCGCCUUAUCUGAUCGAAUGAUGGGAACCAGUUUGACGUGGCCGUUUGUGUCGCUGUAUGCUCAAUUAGGUAACAGAACACACACCCGGAUAUUCGUUUGUUAGUUUGUGGAUUGGAUUCGCUUAUUUGCCUUUAAGUUAUUCUUUGCUGGUCGACAAGCGACAAGUUAUUGCCAGUGACGAAUCGCCACACCCGAGUGUUUGUCGGGGCUUUUUAUUCCCAGAAAUUCAAUCCAUUUGUGUCUCUUCGAGGAACACCCAUAAAAUUUGACUGUCGAUUAGUCGUUCAAAGAAUUUGUUGAUUCUAUUAACGCAGUUGGAUAGUUUGAUUCGUCUUUUCGAUUGGUGAUGAAAAACCGGUAACAUCGGAGUGUAUCAAAAUGACUUUUCGUUCAAAAUGGUUUGAAAUGGAAAGUCACCAGACGACCUUGUAUUACCGAAUCAAGACAUGUAGAAAACUGCCGCCCUCCGCUGCGGCAGUGGACCAGGAAUAAAGUGACGUUUAAUUAAAGAGCGACAUCAUCGGUGGUCCAGUAUAGUCGGAAUCAACAGCUACUACACCACAGGUCCUUGCAGUUCUAUAUAGUAGAUUGCGGCUCAUUAAUAACCGGUACUACCACUUUCUCGUCGGAUUCCCAAUAGAAAACCAAAAUCACGGACAAUAAUAGCAGCAGAAUCUAUUGAUUUAAAAUGAACUUGGAACCAAUUGACUUCUGAUUUGUCACCUAGUGAAAUGAAAAUGCCCAUCACCAGCAAUUGACGCUGGAAAGUGGAACAUCGGAUGCUGGAAUGAGAAAUCCUCACCGGAAGCCGCUGACAAUAGGAUCAUAGCCUAAAUAUAGGCUGAUGUGGACGGAUUAUAAUUGUGCCAUUCAUUCGAUAUCUAGUCGAAAGGCAAUAACAUGCGUCUAAAUAUACUCAGGGCGGUGGCUUAAUUCAACGCAGUUUAUGGAGACAUGAAUAAGAAGGGUCUGGUUUUUCUUGAGCGUCUUCCAUCCCUCAAUAAAAAAGGAAGCCCAACUCGAACGUGAAUCACAAGUGUCGUCCAAGUUGAAACAACACCACCUCUGCAAAAAUCAACAAGUUAAAAGAAAUAUAGAUUUUUUAAAUUGAAUAGAUCGACAACAUUUCAUUGCUGAACCCAUCAAUUUUAAGGAGAAUGUUGAACCAUCAAAAAGGUUUUUCAACCGCUGUCGUCUUAUUGGCGGUCGUGACUCUGCUGAGCUGCUGCAGCCUGGCGUCCAGUUUCGCCUUCCUCCCUCGCGUCUCUCGUACAAAAGAUGCCGUCAUCAUCGAUUUUGCCGAUGUAGAGUCUGCUCCCUCAAAUCAAGGCAAGUCGUUGAAUGACCAAAUUGGCGAUCCAGCAUUCGUCCAGGUGCCAUCCUUCAAUCCUCACCCAAUGACGUUUCGCCAGCAGCAACAGCAGCCCAGUGGAUGGUCCUAUUCAUUCGGACAUCCUAGUCCCAUUACUCUUACAGAUUUCUUGUCCAACAGUAGACAAUUAUCACAAGUCGAUGAGCAGCCAGCGGUAGAAGAGGUAGACCUAAAACAAAGUGUCGCUCCAGCGUGUGGCCGUGGGCCUACCACUUUUCCUACCACAAGGGCAUCGAUAAGCGAAAGGAUCGCUGGCGGGAUCAAUGCCAAGAAGAAUGCUUGGCCUUUCAUGGUAGCUCUGUUACUUGAAGGGGUCAUGUAUUGUGGUGGAACUUUAAUAAGCGACACCAAAGUUCUAUUGGCGGCUCAGUGCCUGGAACGAAUGCCUUUGCAUUACAUGUCGUUAUUGACUGUAUCGGUUGGAUUGCAUUCCGUGCUGCCGUUAGACGCCCCAUUGACGAGAAGAAUCAAUAAAGCUGUUCUUCACAACAAUUUCAAUGCUGCCAACUAUACCAAUGAUAUAGCCAUCAUAACGUUGGACGCACCUGUGACAUUUACCAGGACUAUUACACCCGUUUGUUUGCCACCGGCCAGCACAGACCCCGACCAAUACGCGGACCAAUCAGCUGUUAUUUUGGGGUGGGAUAAACCUGAUAACGCCGUUCUUCAACAAGCAACAGUUUCAAUUUCGUCCAAUUCCGAAUGUAGGAUGGAUCCAACCAUUGGACAAUAUGUUUCCGACGCGUCUAUCUGUGUGACUUCAACUACCAAAUUCACGUGCACAAAGGACAUUGGGGGUCCAGUAGUUGUCUUGUCCUCGCCAGGUGUUUGGACUCAAGUCGGAAUCAACAGCUACACCAAGGAUGACUGCGCUUCAUCUGGCCUUAAAACUCGAGUGUCGGCGUUGAGGUCAUGGAUUGACACAUACAUGAAAUGAAAAUCAACCGCAAGGAUAACAACGACGAGCAAAUGAAAUUAUGAAAACCACAUUGUGAGAUUCGAGUUCUUCAUUGUAGUUAUUGUAGUGAAUUACUUUUGGUUUUGCUGACUAAUAUUAAAGCUACGCACCAUAAA